AGUUCCCACUACCGGGCUUGCGUCCGUACAACGGAGAACGGCCGACGGAAUCUCCGAGAAUUACAGGAGAGUGUCCACACUUGCGGGCGCCGUUUCUCGUGACGUAUCGAAGAGAACGAGACCCGCGAUACUCCAACUGCGCGACGGCGUCUCUCCUGUUUGUUUCGUAAACAUGGACGACAACGAUGUGCUCGCUACAAUUGAGGUGCUUUUGUUAACGGUGUCUCUCAUCUUGAGGAAAAGGCGAUCGCAAACGAAUCAGAGUUCGCGACGCUACUGGGUACGACCCGUCUUACGCUAUCGCGAUGUGGAAGGACAGGCGUCAGGGUUGUUGCCGAGACUUCGCUCAAGAGACGUGUCUUGGUUCAGGGAUUUCAUUCGAAUGCCGCCACGGACAUUCGAUACUCUUCUUGGGCUGGUGCAAACGACAAUCACGAGGGCCGACACAUCGUUUCGAAAAGCUAUCCCCGCGAGUGACCGCUUGGCGCUGACACUUAGGUUCCUAGCGGAAGGCAGUUCCGUGCGAGGCACGUCCUUCAACUUUUUGGUAGGCAGAUCCACCGCCAGCAAAAUCAUCUCCGACACAUGCGAGGCCAUAUGGGAGUGCUUAGCACAACAGUAUCUGUGGUUGCCGUCUACGUCCGAGGAGUGGAAAGAGAUUGCUAGAGAUAUGGAGGCGAAAUGGAAUUUCCCAAACUGCCUCGGCAGCAUUGAUGGGAAACACGUGACGAUCCAGUGCCCCCCUAAAUCAGGCUCCACUUAUUUCAACUACAAGAAAAGUUUCAGCAUUGUGUUACUUGCUGUUUGUGAUGGUGGCUAUAGAUUCACAUAUGUUGACAUAGGCCACAUGGGAAGUGAAAGUGAUGGCGGUAUAUUUGCAAGGUCGCAACUGAAGGAAAUUUUGGAGAACAGCACACAUGGCAUUCCAUCUGCACGGCCAGUUGGUUCUGCUGGCACCAUGUCAUACUUCAUCGUGGGAGACUAGGCAUUUCCCUUGAAGCCAUACAUGAUGCGUCCAUAUCCAAAAAGAGGAAUGCUGCAGUACCGCCAUAAGGCCUUCAAUUACCGCCUAAGUCGUGCACGUCGUUUAAUCGAAAAUUCUUUUGGUAUCUUAGCAGCACGCUGGCGUAUUCUCAGGCGUCCAUUCCAGGCCUCAGUGAAAAAUGCAAACAGAAUCGUACAAGCAUGUGUUGCGUUGCAUAACUUUUUGCUGAAAGAAUCGCCAAUAUCUGCUGCUGCAUACAACCCGCCAGGGUACACGGACAUGGAGGACCUUGAAGGAAAUGUCAUCGAAGGAGCUUGGCGAGCAGAAGCUGGGUCACUCCCAAGAAUGGAAGACAGAAUGGGUGUCGGAUGUAACCCAACAAGGACGGCAGCAGCAAUGCGAGAACAGCUCGCAAACUACUUCACUACAGAUGGCAGAGUACCGUGGCAAGACAAGUACAUCUUGAGGGCAUAGGGGAUACUGAGUAAUAUCACCAGUAUUAAUGUCUUUAUUCACGUACAUUUGUUGAGUACAACGACAUUUCCGCUUCAUAGAAUGCUGUGUCUAUUUUGUGCAGCACGUCAGUUCGCAGAUGCCGAGGCAGCUCCUUCAGCCUCCAACCAAUGGCUAUCCCGUGGCUCAUGCAAAUGUCGUCCCCUUUCUGGUGCAGACUAUCCAACUUCGUUGCACAGACAUCCAGCGUCUUCUGAAUUGUGUCAUCCAUAUCCAUGUCACCAGUAGCCUUCUCUUUCCUGACAAGUGUUUCACAUCUCGUGGAGUACACGACACCACUUUCUCUGCAUCACAUCAUUCUCAGUGUGUUACCUUUGUGCAUGUGCAGCUGCAGCAGUUCUUCUUCGCUUUUGUCCGCUUGCUGAUACGGACUGACCACUGGCGUG